ACUAAAUUAUGGGUGUUUCCUGAAGGAACGCGUCACAACACCGGCGAACUUCACCCGUUCAAAAAAGGAGCCUUUCAUUUAGCCAUUUCCGCCCAAAUACCAAUUUUACCUGUCGUUUACAGCCAGUAUUAUUUUUUAGAUGACGCCAAUCGACGUUUUGACCAUGGUAAAAUAAUGAUAACGGCUUUACCACCGAUUCCUACAGCGGGUUUAACCGCUAAAGACGUCGAUUCAUUAAUAGAAAAGACAAGAUCGAUGAUGGCUCCGGUUUUCUACGAGAGUAGCAAAGAAGUUAUGCGAUCUUUAGGGGUUUAGCACUAAAAAAAAAAAUAAAAGUCUUAAAAAAAAAGAAUAAGAAAUGAAAUGUGAUCACCUCCUUUUUAUGAAAACAAGAACGUAUAUAGUCCUUUAUACCAAACUUACUUUUGUAUCUAUGCCGUUAUUUUCGCGUUUUUUUAUUUUUUUUUUUAAUUAAUAUUAAUUGAUUAACAUGGGGAAACCCCGGAAUGAACUUGCCGUACUUAAGUCAGAAAAAUAAAUGUUGGAAAAAUGCGAAAGAUUAAGUGAUAAUUAAGAUAAGAAAAAUUAAAAGAAUUAGAUCGUUCUUAAUGACUAUGAGAAAAGAUCUCAAUGUACCAAUUUCUAAACGUUUUUUACAAAAUUUUUUUUUAAAGUUACCAUAAUCUUCACUUUGACGUAGUUUUAUAUAUGAUGUAAAAUGUAUACGUAGUUAUUCUAUGUAAAAAAAAUUAAGGAAAACUUAUAACAUUAAGAUUCAAAAAUAAAUACCACAAUAAAUCACAAUAAAA